AUGGCACCAGCGUUCACCGCAGAGACUAUCCGCAGCCAUCCCGAUACACCCUGCGUUCCCCAAGCUCCGUUCCAGAAACCGCUCUCUCAGUCGGACUUCAAGCCACAGGCCGAGCCAGGCUCCGAAGCGCCUCCAGCCGCUCCGGCUGUCGCGCAACAAGCACCAGCUACGUCGAAUUCAGCGGCAACGCAGCGCGACGCCGGCGCCAUGGCUUCUCCGCCAAACGAGAAAAACACGGUCGUUUGGGACGAGAAGAGUCUCUGGGACGACGCGGAAAUGCCGGUGGCGUGGGCUGUGGAGGCGUCGCGGCUGUCGCUUUCCAUUGAGAACCCCAUCCGCAAGAUCACCGACUCUCUCGCCGGCGUGCUCGCCGCGCCUUCUGCGCCUGCUGAUGCCGCGCCUGUCGCUCCUCCGAAGCCGUUGAUCUCGCUGGGUCAAGGGGAUCCGACGGCGUUCGGGCAUUUGAAGCUGCCGGAUGUUGCGGUGCGCGCCGUGCAGGACGCUAUAGCGAGCGGUCGCUAUAACGGGUACCCGCCUUCUAAUGGACUGCCUGACGCACGGAGGGCGGUGGCUGAAUUUUGCUCCACGUCAGCACUGGAAACGCUCCCUCCUGCCACGUCAGCAGGGUGCGCGCCCACGUGCUCAGCUGCUGACGUGUACAUCACUGGAGGCUGCGGCCCAUCCAUCCAACUGUGCCUAGAUGCGCUUGCCAAUCCGGACAGAAAUAUUUUACUGCCCCGCCCGGGAUUCCCAGUCUACGAGUGCAUGUGCUUGCACUCCGGAUUGGAGCCUAGAUUUUACGACCUACUGCCCGAGAACAACUGGGAGGUGGAUCUCGGGCAGGUUGCAAAACUUCGUGAUGAGCGCACAGUGGCUAUACUGGUGUGCAAUCCAGGGAAUCCUUGCGGGCAGGUCUUUUCUCGGCAGCAUGUGGUGGAGAUCCUCACCACAGCAGCGGCCCUCCGUCUACCAAUCAUAGCCGACGAGGUGUACGAGGGCAUCGCCUUCCAGGAAGCUUCGCCCUUCAUCCCUCUGUGUGCGGCCGCCAUGCAGCUAGCCCUGCAACAUCCGCCACAGCCCAUGCAACCGCCCUCUCAUGCCAACCAUGCUUCUAACUCGGCUGCAGCAGCAGGCAGCAAUGGGGUGGUUGGUAACGGGGUGCAUGUGCAAAAUGGAAACGGGCCUGCUGUUGGAGGAGGAGAGGCAACACAUGAAGCUGCGCAGAACAAAGAGUCUCCUAUAGCAGCAGCAGCGACGGCAGCAUCAGCAGCAGCAGCGACGGCAGCAGCAGCAGCAGCAGCAGCAGCAGCGGGCAGUGUGCCGAUACUGACAGUCAGCUCAUUGUCGAAGCGGUUCCUGGUGCCAGGGUGGCGGGUGGGGUGGAUUGCAGUGCACGACCCUCGCCACAUUCUGAAGAACGCCAGGGUCAUCGAGUCUUUGGAGCGAAUCCUGCAGUACGCCCCUCAGCCGUGCUCCCUCAUCCAGGUACGGUGUGAACCUCCAGUGCCCUCCUGUGCCUCCGAAUCCUCUUUCACAGGAAGCAUUGAGAAGGUGCGUCACUUACCGCCGCCCUCCCUGCUGUUCUCAACACCACGCCGCCCUCCUUCCUCCGCGACGUUGACUUUUGAGUCGACUCAAAAGUCUCCCCUGUGUUUCUUCCCCCUCUCCUCGCCGCAGGCCGCCCUCCCUGCCGUUCUCAACACCACGCCGCCCUCCUUCCUCCGCGACCUCACCUGCCAGCUGGCAGAUGCCGCCCGCACCAGCCUGUCUCGGGUCGGCGCCAUUCCGGGCCUGGAGUGCCCCAGUGAACCGCAGGGAGGGAUGUUCCUCAUGGUAUGUGGGUGGCCAGUCACUAUUGCCAUUCCGGGCCUGGAGUGUCCCAGUGAACCGCAGCGAGGGAUGUUCCUCAUGCAUGUGUGGUCCGGCAUGCGUUCGUGUCGACCUAGCUUGCUUCCCGUCAUUCCCGGACGACAUUUCAUGGUGCAGGCAGCUGCUGCAAGAGCAGAGGGUGGUGUUGAUCCCAGGCACUGCAUUCCGGUUGCCCGGCUGGGACCUGCUCCAUCAUUCCCCUGUGCAGCUCUUGUUCCUCUUUUUCUCCUCCGUCCUUUGCUUCUCCUCGAUCAUCGCAGUGCAGUCCGUGAAUGGAUCGAAUCGCCGAUACUGGCGUCGGACUUGUGUUCCUGUCCUUCGUUCGUCUUCCCUUCGUUUUCCUUCAUUCACCCGUCUCCUCGAUUGCGAUCCUCCACGUCCUUCCUUUUUUCGUCUCCGUCGUCGCAGUCCAGUCCGUUCGUCGCAGGAGUCGCGGUGGCGACGGCGGCUCUCGCGGCGCGGUACGGCAUAGAGGCGUGGCAGGCCUUCAAAGCGCGACCCGCGGUGCCGCGCAUUCGGCGCUUCUACGAGGGAGGCUUCCAGCCGACUAUGACGCGACGAGAGGCUGCUCUGAUUCUUGGGAUCAGGGAGAGUGCAGCGCAGGAGAAGGUGCGGGAGGCCCACAGGCGAGUGAUGACAGCCAAUCACCCAGACGCAGGUGGCAGCGACCUACUGGCGUCCAAGAUCAACGAGGCAAAGGACUUGCUCCUAGGCCAGACCAAGGGCAGCGGCUCCGCCUUCUGA